AUGAUUAUGUUCCCUAGAGCUGCAAAAAAACGUAAGGAGGCCAACAAGGCACGCGCUCAAGCCCUACUGGCUAAUGCUCAAAGGCGAAAGGCGGCCACAAACCAACGUAGCAGACCGGACCGUAAUGAGGUCGAAGAGGAUCCUGACACACUUCGCCUUCGAAGUCGGAUGCAACGGGCUAUGGAAGAAGCUGACCUGGAAGCAGAGAUUUCUGACGACGCCUCAGAGUUCGCCACACCAGCUGAUGGACCCCUCAACCUCUCGGAACGCUCAGGACAUCCGAAUCCAGUUGCUGAGUUCAUUGAUGCAUAUGGAGAAGGCGAUGAAGAUGGCGAAGCGUCUCACAUGAAAAUUCUGAAAGUAUGGACGACUUGCAAACUUCCUGACUCGGUAUUCGCUGAGGCCGCUGCAGAAAGGACACGUCUUAUUACAGAGAGGGGAGGGAUGAACAACUGGAGCGUAGCCGAGCCGCCGGCGGAGUCCAAGAUAAGCGAAGACCACUCGGAUUCUCGAAUUGUCAGGACGCUCCCAAACACUUUACUCCUGGAUCCGGCUCCGGCAGCGGAGUCUGUCAAGAAACUGCUGGAAACUGCCAAUCAGCCAAGGCCAAGGGCUUUCAACGGAAAGCAGCUUAUCUCGCGGCGGCAAAACGAAGCACCACUCUUCGCCCCGCAUCGAGUUUCUCAAUCUUGGAUCGGCGAUGAGUCCUCCGCACAACUUUCAUGGCCUGCUGUGAGACUUUGA